AUGUCUGAAGCCGACGAUGCGCCUGAGAUGGCUCAACCCGCCCCGAACCCGGAUGCUCAGACGACGGUGAAUGACUUCCUCGACUAUACCGAGUUCUUUCCCUCGGACCUGGUGCGCUCGUUGACGCUGAUUGCCGACCUCGACUCGACCUACUCCGAGGCCGUCCAGCAUGUGCACGCGCUGACGGUGCAGUAUGGCAAGCUGCCCGCCCUUGCCGAGCGAGAGCGCCCCGACCCCGUGUUGCUGCGCAAACAGAUUGCCCAGCAUCUCCAAAAAGCCAUCAGCCAGAGAGAGUUUGCCUACACAGAGGCCUCGCGGCUAUACGAGGUCACUGUGCGCCACUGCCAGCGCUCGUCUGUCAUCAAGAGGAAACUUCAGGCCCAGCCACAGCCGCCGUCACGCGAUCCUACGCCCCCGCCAGUCUCUCCAAGUGCCCACCGACCCAUAAACCGCAACUACGAACGAGCCCCCCAUCUGCGCUUGACCUUUGAUGGCGGCCGCCAUGGCGCCAACACUUCGCGGCCCCGAGAUCGGCACAGGAAGACAGCCAUUUCUCUCCCCAGAGGACGCGGACGAAUGCGCCGUGACUCUGACUCGUCAGACUCGGAAAUUGGCUCAGGUAUCGACGUAAUAUCGCCCAAGAAGCGCAAGGACAACCGGGACAGACAUUCAAGGACAACUGGCGGCAGAUCGCGCGCUGCUGGCGUACUCGGCACCAACGUACACAGUUCGAUUGCGGGCAUUUCUACUAGCAACGCGCUUGCCCAACUCGCCCCACCUCCAGCCGACGCGAAGCCUGGUAGCAAAUGGGCGCCGUGGAAGAAGCUGACCGAGUAUGAAAUGGCUGUAUUGCGCAAGCAGAUGAAGAAGAAUGCUGUCUGGACGCCUAGCCAGACCAUGAUGAUUCGCGAGCUUGAAAAGAAGCACCGUACAGAGGCAGACUACGAAAGGGAAAAGGCUCGUUGCGAGGCCACGGGCGAAGACUUCCUCGAUGAGGAGCCUGAGACGCUACAGCAGAUCAUGACAGCAUCGGGCCUGGGCCUGUUGGCACCGCAUGGUCCACAGGCAGCCAAUCCACCCCCGCCGACCGAGCCUGUCGAUGAAGACGCCAAGGACGAGACUGGUCCAGUCAGCAUCCGUCUCAAGCCUGUCGCGACCAAAGAAGGUAGGAAGCUCGAUCGCACAUCUCAGCGCCAAAAGGCUAUGCAGGACGCUCAGGAGCUCAUAGGUGCUUCUGAGAAGAUCAGAGAAGCUGCCAACAGCCUCAAAGAACUCAACUUCAACUCGACUGUUGCAACGCCCGCAAGCCAAAAGAAGAAAACUGUCGUCAAUCCUUCCAACAAACGCAAGCGCGAUACGUCACCCGCACCCACCACCGACGGCGCCACCGAAGCCACGAGAGAAGCGUCGGUAGCCACUCAAGACAGUUCAUCAAGGCCUCCAGAGCCCAAGCGCACACGAUUGCAGCUCAUUGCGCCAGCGACCAACACUAUCUCCUCCCCAAUACCAACUCCCGCCUCUACCGCCUCCACCCCUCGAGAGAUCCCUGCCUCUGCCGUAGCUUCACCGGCAACUAACACGCCUGUGCCCCUCCCAGACUCUCUGAAGCCAUCGACAAAUGGAAACCCUGUACAAGUGCCUCUCGCCCCGGCAGGUCCAAGCACACCGAAAGUUAACAGAGUUGUACCAAAAGAGCAGAGCCCAGAGCUCACACCCAUCACAAUUUCACCACUAGCGCCCGAAGAGUCCCCCGCUAUGUCAGAAGCUUUGCAAUCGCCAGCACCAGCCCGAGCACCCAGUCCAGUUCCAGCCGCAGUCCCAACAGCACCAACUACAGUUUCGACAAGGUCAACACGUGGGUCCGUCGCCCCAAGAGCACCCACUCCGCCUGUGGCUUCUCUUCCCCCCGCAAAAUUCUCAAAGACACCGACGCCAGUACCUGAACCCGCUCCAGAAACACCUGCAGCGCCAACUUUACGUCCAAGAUCCGCACGCGGUCACGUGCCGACGCCCAAAGCGCAAAGCGAAGAGCCCAAGCCUGGCAGCGAAGAAGGUAGGAUAACACGAGAAACUCGUCGUCAUAGUGUCUUUAGCCAACCCGCGUCUACCUCUACAGCAGUACCACCUGCAGUUCUCCCCUCUGCCCAACACCAACAAUCACAGCAACAACAACAACAAUCAGCCAUGCCCACGACACGCACUAGUUCGCGAAGGAAACCGCCUCCGAAAGGCGAAGUUACUGUUGCGGAGGAUGGUCAAAAGACGGUCACGAACGUCAAGCGCGCACAAGGGAGUAAGAAUAAAAAGAAGACCAACAGACGUACGGAGGGAAGGGCAGAGGCUUCCGAAGAGGUGGAGGCGGCGGAUGAGAUUGAUCCGGAUGAGCCGCGGUAUUGCAUCUGUGAUGAUGUGUCUUAUGGGCAGAUGAUCAGUUGUGACAAUAACUGCGACAAAGAGUGGUUUCACCUCCCCUGUAUGAAUAUGACAGAAGACGACAUACCUUCCCGCCGCGCGAAAUGGUAUUGUCCGGAUUGCAGGGCACAGCUGGGAACAGAUGCGUAUGGGAAUCCACUUGUGCCGCCGCCGCUGCCGGGGAGGAGGGGGGCUGGUAGUCGGUAA